AUGGAUGACAAGCAGUGUACUAAGCAGCAUCAUACAAUAGUCGACAAAAUGCUACGAAAUCGUGAAGCUGAAUUGCAGAAAUAUGCUGACUUGCAGCGUAAAUUGCAUGCAGCGGAAAAAAUCGAAAUUUGCCGUAGGAUAAGAAGUGGUACAAUAAGUCCAAGUGAUUGUCAUCGAGCAAAACUUUCUCGUAGUCUCAGUCGAGGGCGUUAUAUAAAAAGAUUCCGAAGGCGGCGAUCAUCCGCCAGUAUCGAUGAUAAAGAUUUGGUACAAAGAAUUGAAGCGGAAAAUGAAGAACCAAUGUAUGAGAAUCCAUCAUUGGUUUAUAAUAGAUUGUCAACGAAUAUACUUAAAUAUCGAUAUUUACAUAAGUUGGAUGACGAAACAUUAGCUCUCUAUAUGGAACAGUUGCGACGUCAAUUAAGCCGUUUGGAACGCUUUCGUCAAGUUUCAUUUGGACCAUUUUCAGUAGCACGACAUCAAAAUGACCCUCAAGUGUCAUGGUUCUUCAGGCGCAGGUCACUACCCAGUUUGACCGAUAGUACGCCCACUUCUACCAUUACCAAUACUAUUACUUCUUCUACUACACAAAGCAAUAUUCAUGAACAGCCGACUUUGAGAAGUAUCCAAAAGCUGAAUCAACAUCGCAGUCGUUCCAGUAAACCGCAAUUACAACGGAAUGAUAUGUACGAUAAUUCUCAUGAUAAUCGUUCGCAAUCAAAACGUCAACGUGGUACCGAGAAUAGUGCUCGGUUACCUCCCAUUUCACGAAAUACAAAAAGUGGUCUAACAGUGUCACGUACAAGAAAAUCAACUCCAAUUGAAGCAAAAAAGGUUGUUCAAAAAACAACAGUAACACCGAAUGGACGUAAGUCAUUUGGGGUAACCCAAAAAAUAAAAUCGAUAACCGAUUCAAAGCUAACUGAUGUUCAGGCGAUAAUUUCUGCUUCUCCGAAAUUAGCGGAUAAGUCAAAAAUGGAACCGGAUGAGCAUAGAAGUGAAGGAUCACCAUUGAAUUUGUAUGAUGAAGAAGUGUAUUCGAAUGUUACUUCACCGGAAAGUAUAGAUUUGAGACCCGAGGGAGAAACAGUAUCUGAAAAGUCGGUUUCACCGCUUAACCUUAAUCAAUCAGAAAUGCCAUUGGAUGAUGAAAAGGAAUCUGAAUCGAAUUGGCCAGAGCAAAUGAUUGAACAACCAAAAAUCGAGCAAGUAAAAAUUGAAAAUGAACAAAACUCGAAUUUGCCAUUCAAUUUAUCGCCGGAAACGACAGAAUUGGAAUUAGCAAAUAUGGAGGAAACUUCUCUUAUUUCCAAACGAAUAGCACCUGAAACAGCAGAAAAUCUUGUAAGCCAUGAAACUCCUACUGAUUCAAUCCCGAAUGAAAUUGAUGGGCAUGAAAUGAUACCGCCCGAAAAGAUCAUCAAUGAGAGUCAAAAAUUAACUGGAAAUGAAAUAGAAACAGAAAUUACUUUGGAAGCAGAAAAACCCAUACUUCCCGAUGAUAAACUACCAGCAAUGAGUGAUGCUGAAAUGGUGAUUAAAGCAUCUGAGCUAAUGCCUACAGGCGACAAUACCACUUUUUCGCAUACUGAAAUAACAGACCGGGAAAUAAUAUCGAACGAAACUGAAUGCGAUAUGAAUGAAUUUGUCGCAGUUAACGGAGGAAUUUUGAAAGUAUCGCAUGAAGGGAAAUUGAAAGGAUACGAUUCCGUUGCGAUAACUGAAAUCUGUUCAGCGGAUUUAACGGAGGAAAUUCCUGCUCCAGAAAAAAAUCUCGAAGAAACAGUGAAAGAUCCUAAUCCGAUUGACGAAGGUCUGAAAUCUUCUGCGGUAUUCCCGGAAGAAUGUAAUUCAGCCGAUGAACUAGAAAGUGCUAUAUGCUACACAAAGAUGGACUUCUCAAAUGAUGAACAAGAAGCCUCGCAGAUAGCAAAGACUGAAUCAGCGAUAGAUCAAGAAAGCAGCAGACAUAUUACUGAGGGAUUGUCGAAGUUACCAGAAUCAAUUCCAGAAACAUCUGUGAUAAAUGAUGAAUCUUUAGAGCUGCCGAAGUCGGAAAUUUCUUUUAAACAACUAGAAGAUUCCGUCGAAAAUGAACAGGAAUUAUCUAAAGCUGAACAUUUAAGUGAGAGAAAUGAAAUUGAAAGUGAUAUGGUAAAAAAGGAAGAAAUGGAAUCUGAAGAAGGUGCUUUCCAGGUGGAAAAAGUUCCAGAUUUUUCCAUCGAUGAACAGUUGAAAUAUGAGGAGAAAAACAUUAGCGUGAUUGAUGAAAGUCUUGAAGAAAAGAUUCAACAAUUGGACGUUGGUACAGUUGGUUUGGAAUCCAUUAGCAAACCUGGAACUGACGACAAAUCAGAAUCACUUUUCACGAGUGAUACAGCUUUAAUUGAGCAUUCUUAUCCUAAAAUUAAGAAGAAUGUAAUCGAAAGCGCAGAAUUGCAGGAGGAAAAGAAAGAGGAACCGGAACCGGAAGAAUGGUCAAGAGCAAAGAUUUCAAAAUCAAGAGCCGCAGCAGAAAUAACAAACAAUGAAGUUGAAAAGGUUAAUGAUAUCUUGCAAAUUGAACCAGAAACGCUAGAAUUAGUUGGAAGUGAUUCUAUCACUCAACCACUCUUACAGUAUAUGAAAAGUUCAGUGGAUGAUGAUGUGUUAGCUGAAGAGAGUAAAACAAUAGCCCAGGAAACACAAUCAGAAACCGAUGAAAUGCUUAUAGUGGAAAAAGAGAAAUUACCGAAAGCAGUAUUAUUGAAUCCUGAAAAUUUGAUAAUUGACGGUCUAACGAAUAAUUUGGAACCUGUGAUUAUUGACAUACAGGAAUCCCAACCGUUUAUUUUAACUUCACUUAAAAAGCGAGAAUCAGAUAGUCAUGAAAGUGCGGUCACUUCCAAGACUUUGGAUACAAUGUUCUCAGAUGCAAAUGUCCUCGCUGAGAAAGAUUGUUCAACAGAGGAGAAGCUAAAUAAAUCCAUUGAUGAACUUAAUUCAACAAAAGUGGAAUCUAACUCACUUGAAAAUACGGUGGGUUUAUUGGUAUCAGACAUUCUGAGAUCAAAUAUAACUCCAGCCGAAUCAAACUCUGAUGUAAUUUCCGAAGAAAGAAAAGAAGCAAUUGAAGAAAAUGAAGCAUUAUCGGAAGUACAUUAUGCUUUUCGUGAACUGCUACCAUCAGAAGCAGCUGUAUGUGAAAACUUGGAAAAAAUAACUGUUAUGGGAGAGUUUAAAUGUGACGAAAGAAUCCCAAAAAUUGUGGUUUGUAGUGACGAAGCAGCUAUUUCGAAUAUAGAAAGUAUGGAAAAUUUAGUGGUGCAAUCUGAUGUGGAGACAGAUGAACAAUAUCAGAUGGAAGCUAAUGCUGAAACAUUGCAUCAACAAAAUUCGCCGCGUGAACAAAUUAGAGAUAUGGAGCAAUCCGAUAUAUCCAAGAAUGAAGAAAUGAUAACUUCGGGAAGGAAUUAUGCUCCGGAAGAAUCCGGAAGAAAUAAACCAAUGAGAGGUCAUCUGAACGAAUUUUUACAACAAUAUAUGCAUGAAAUGACACAAAAUGUUACCCAGCUAACUGAAGAAGGAACUAAGACAAGUGAAGCUUCAGAAGAAGAUGUAGAAAAAGUUGAAGUGCAGAAAAUAGAUGAAAGUCAACAUCAAAUAUCUACUCCGGAAUGUAUUCCUGAAUUUACAGAUCAAAUUUCAAUGAUCAAUUUGUCAAAAUCAGAAUCUGAUGAGGUAUCGCAAAAAGAGGUUGAAAAUGUUCAAUCUCAUUAUAACAUUCUUUCAUCGAUGAUCACAGCUGAUGGAUAUACGGAAAUAUCGGAUUCAUGCGAUACUAUCAAGGAAUCGUUCACCGAAUCACAUCCUUAUCAUACCAGUAUUAUGGGUGAUUCUCAAGAAGCACAGGAUAAUGAUGCAAUGCUAAGUGGGCAUGGAUUAAGUUUUGAGCAUGAUGAUAUUCCAUCACAACAAAUAGGAAAUGAUGUUGUAAAAGAAUUUUCUGAAGAUACUGAAUGUAUCAGAAAUGCAGAACGAUAUAGACAAGAAUUGAAAUUAAAAUUCGAGAACGGAAAAAUAGAAUCGGAAAUCCCUCAAACUGCAUAUAAUAAUUCAUUCAUUGACAAUAUUUUACCAAAAUAUCAGUUGAUUAUCAAUGGUUUAACACUAGAUGGGCAACUGAUUUUGAGUUCUGUAAAUGAUUCGAUGCUAUCAUCGGAAGAGAAAUUCAUCAAUUAUUUUCCUCAAAAUAAUUAUGCUUAUGAGACCAUUAAUGAUAAAAUUCCAUUGAUCAGUGACAAAAACGGGAAUCCGGAAUGGAAUGUUUAUGAAAUGCAACAUAUUCCAUCAGAUGUAUUAAAUAAAUCAAAUAUUUGUGCAGCUGAUGUGAAUGCAAAUAUUUCAGAAUUGCAAGAAACAGUUCAUAUGAAAUCAAUCAAACAUGAGCAAGAAAGAAAAGAAUAUCAUAGCGCAGUAACCGAUGAACAUCGAUUAUUUGAACAAAGUAAUACGGGAACAGAAGAAUGUGAAACUAUUAAUGAGAACACUCUAUCAGUUGAACGAAAAGUACCGCAAGAAGAUGAAUGA